CCUCACUCCAUCUAUCGAUCUCUCUCCCUUUAUCUCUUGACCAACCUCACUCACAAUGGACGUCCAACAUUAGAUAAAUUCUAUUCUAUCUACCAUUCCAUUCAUAAAUCAACCUCUCCCUCAAUCCCAGACACUCCCAAACACCCUUAUCCAUCCCUUCAAUUAACCACCGCUCGAUAACAAACAACACCCUCCCUCUAUUGAGGAAAACCGACCGACCAACCAGUCGUCAAAAUGGUAAACAAAGCGGUCAUCCCGUUCCUGGUCACGAUGAUGCUCGUGACUGGGGUGUGUAAUACGAUUUUGAAUAAAUAUCAGGAUAUGCAAUGUGUGAGGAAUUGUGAUGAUCCUGAUCCGGCGGAGAGGAGGUUGUUUGAGCAGCCUGUGAUUCAGACUAUUCAAAUGUUCGUGGGCGAAUCCGGAAGCUGGCUCGUCGUCUUCCUGGCUUGGGUCUACAGACAAUACAUCGCCCCCCGCUUUUCAAACAAUACCACCCCAUUACUCGCCGGCGGCUACAAUCCCGUGCAUAAUGAUGACCGACUCGACGACGACGGAGAGGAGGACCAGACCAUCAGCGGACCCGACUACGCAGACGACCCGUCCAAACCGCUGGACGACGGACGGGUUAAACUCGAGGGCCGCAGAAUCUUCCUCCUCGCGGCCCCCGCCUGCUGCGACAUCGCCGGAACGACCCUCAUGAACGUGGGUCUCCUGUUCGUAGCCGCCAGCAUCUACCAGAUGACCCGCGGAGCACUGGUGCUCUUCGUCGGGCUCUUCAGCGUCAUCUUCCUGCACCGCAGACUCCACGUGUACCAGUGGAGUGCGCUCUUCGUCGUGGUCCUCGGCGUGGCCCUGGUCGGUCUCGCGGGGGCGCUCUUCGGCGACGCUCCGAACCACGAGGCCAGCCAGGACAGCACACCUAUGGUGAUGGUCAGGACCGUCGCGAUGGAGGCCCGCGCCGUGGCGCAGACGCCCGAGGCGGUCAAGACCAUCAUUGGCGUGCUGUUGAUCGCAGCCGCGCAGAUCUUCACGGCGUCGCAGUUCGUGCUCGAGGAGUGGAUCCUCGAGAACUACGCGAUGGACCCGCUCCGCGUCGUCGGCUGGGAGGGCGUCUUUGGCUUCAGCGUUACGGUCGUGGCGUCUAUUAUCAUGCAUUUGUGCGUGGGUCAGACGCCCGCAGGACGAUAUGGAUAUUUCGAUGCACGAGAGGGUUGGUCCGAGGUUUUCCAUAACCGGACGGUGGCGAUGAGUAGUUUUUUCAUUAUGAUCAGUAUUGGCGGAUUCAACUUCUUCGGCCUCUCGGUCACGCACUGCAUCUCCGCCACCUCGCGCAGCACAAUCGACACCUGCCGCACGCUCUUCAUCUGGCUCGUAUCGCUCGGCCUCGGCUGGGAAUCUUUCAAGUGGUUACAGGUGGCUGGAUUCGGGCUGCUUGUCUACGGAACCUUCCUCUUCAACGACAUCAUCCGGCCGCCUUUGAAGGCAUGCCUCCCUCGUGCUGGAGACGGGGAGAUUUUACUCCCUGAGGAACCAAUUGAGCAUAUAUAACCACCACGUUUUAUUGGUUGUGACAGUCUCACUCUGCUUACUUUUUUUCUAUUUCUUUUGUUUUUUUUUUUCUUUGGUUUCCUUUUUCGGGCUACAAUAAGGGUACCUACCCGAGAAUGAAUAGGGUUUCUUUGUUCGGCGUUUGGUUUCAUGUUGAGGGGUUGGGUAGUUUCAUGUUUCAUUUGUCUUUUUUAGGGUUGUUUUGGGUUUAUUACUUGGGUAUGCAGUAAAUGGCAGACCUGUGACUUACAGAAUAUGACUAGCCACCUAAAUAACAAGGUAGUUACUGGAGAACUACUACUAUUU